AUUCAACAACCCUCACAUGGGGCAAGUUGCAAUUGGUGCAAAAUUGGGGGUAUGGUACCGAAAAGCAUAUUUCGGUACCCUAGCAUAACCCUUCCUUGCAUCCUGCAGGGUCCUCCUUCUCAGCUUGACUGCAGAGUCGUCCCACUUCCAGCUGGCCUCUGGUUUCAAAAUUCAAAUUCUAAGUCCUAUAAAUAAUCUCUUAAUUUCUCUCCAUUAUUAUGACUACCAUAGCUUCCAACAAGUUCAAAGAUGAGAAGGAACCUUACCCAACUCCUUAUCUCUCUCAUGUUCUUUCUCUUUCCCCCGAUUUUUUUCAUAGAAAAGGGCAUGGCACAGAACACAACAAUCCCAGUUAAAGUGGGAGUGGUUCUGGACUUGGAUACAUGGAUUGGGAAGAUGGGGUUGAGCUGCAUCUCGAUGGCCCUCUCAGACUUCUAUGCCUCUCAUGGCCACUACAAAACCAGGGUGGUUACAAAAAUCAGAGACUCCAAAAGAGAUGUUGGUGCAGCUGCAGCAGUUGUAGACCUCUUACAAAAUGAAGAAGUGGAAGCCAUAAUAGGGCCCGGAUCAUCGAUGCAGGCCAACUUCAUGAUUGGUCUUGGAAGCAAAGCUCGGGUGCCCAUCAUUUCAUUUUCUGCAACAAGUCCUUCUCUUUCUUCGCUCCAGAGUCAAUAUUUUGUCCGAGCCACCCUAAAUGACUCAGCUCAAGUACCAGCAAUAAGGACAAUAGUCCAGGCCUUUGGAUGGAGAGAAGUUGUGCUUAUUUACGUGGACAACGAGUAUGGCAAUGAAGUCGUACCGUCUCUGACUAGUGCCUUGCAGGAGGUGGACACCCAUGUGACCUACCGGAGCGCCAUUCAUCCAUCGGCAACUGACGAUCAAAUCGUUAAAGAACUUUACAAGUUGAUGACGAUGUCAACUAGGGUUUUCAUUGUGCAUAUGCUUACGCCUCUUGGCUCCCAGCUUUUUACCAAAGCAAAUGAGGCUGGAAUGAUGGAAGAAGGCUAUGUUUGGAUACUAACUGAUGGGAUAACUGACUUCUUGAGUACUUUGGACGCUUCAGCCAUUGAUUCGAUGCAAGGGGUGUUGGGCGUCAAGCCCCAUGUUCCAAGAACCAAAGAGCUUGAAAGUUUUAAAAUCAGAUGGAAAAAGAAAAUCCAAGAAGAAUAUCCAACCAAUGAAAUCUCUGAGCUGAAUAUUUUUGGACUAUGGGCCUACGAUGCUGCUUCUGCACUAGCCAUGGCAGUUGAAAAACUUGGCGCGGGAAACUUCAGCUUCCAAAAGACCACCAUUUCCAGAGAUUCAACCAGUCUUGAGAGUAUUAGAGUUUCCCCAAUUGGCCCAAAUAUUCUCCAUUCACUAUUAGGUACUCGAUUCAGAGGCCUUACCGGAGAUUUUCAAAUUAUAGAUGGGCAACUACACACAUCAGCUUUCCAGAUAGUUAAUGUGAUCGGUGAAGGGGAAAGAGGGGUUGGAUUUUGGACAACAGAGAAUGGAAUUGUAAGACGAUCGAAUACUACUUCUAAGGCCAAUCUAAGAGCCAUUAUGUGGCCAGGAGAAUCUACUUCUGUUCCUAAAGGUUGGGUGUUUCCUACCAAUGGAAAGAAGUUGAAGAUAGGGGUUCCAGAGAAAAAGGGUUUUUGUGAAUUUGUAAAGGUGACGCGAGAUCCUAUCACUAAUAAAACAAAGGCCACUGGUUACUCCAUAGCUAUCUUCGAUGCCGUAAUGGCAACAUUACCAUAUGCUGUUCCUUAUGAGUACGUUCCCUUAAAGAUACGUGAUAGAAAGGCUGCUGGUAACAAAGAUGAAUUGUUUCAAGGACAUGUUCAGAAGUGUGACGCUCUGGUGGGAGAUAUUACUAUUCUAGCGAGCAGGUCCUUGUAUGUAGACUUUACACUGCCUUACACCGAGUCUGGCGUAUCAAUGAUCGUGCCGAUCAUCGAUAACAGAAGUAAAAAUGCAUGGGUCUUUUUGAAGCCAUUAACUUGGGACCUUUGGGUGACAAGCGCUUGUUUCUUUGUCUUCAUUGGCUUGGUGAUUUGGACUCUUGAACAUCGAAUAAAUGAAGAUUUCAGAGGGCCUCGUUCACAUCAAGUUGGCACAAUCUUCUGGUUCUCCUUCUCAACAUUGGUGUUUGCUCAGAAGGAGAGAAUUGUCAGCAACUUGGCUCGGAUCGUGGUGAUCAUAUUGUUUUUUGUGGUGCUGAUUCUUACUCAAACUUACACAGCCAGCUUGACUUCAAUGUUAACAGUUCAACAGCUCAACCCAACUAUCACUGAUAUAAAUGAGCUCAUAAAGAAGGGGGAGCGUGUAGGUUACCAAUAUGGCUCUUUCGUUUAUGAAUUCUUGAUCAAGUCGAUGAAAUUUGAUGAGUCCAAUCUUGUAAAGUAUGAGUCACCAGAAGAACUGGAUGAAUUAUUUUCAAAAGGUGGAAUUACUGCUGCAUUUGAUGAAAUCCCUUACAUGAAGAUUUUCCUUGCAAAAUAUUGCUCCAAAUACACUGCAGUUGGACCAACAUACAAGUUUGAUGGGUUUGGAUUUGUCUUUCGAAAGGGUUCACCCCUUGUAGCGGAUGUUUCAAGGAAAGUUUUAAGCGUGACCGAGGGAGCUAAAUUGUUAGAAUUUGAGAAGGCAUGGUUUGGGCAAACAACCAGUUGUCCAGAGCUCACCAGCUCAGUUUCUUCAAACAGUAUCGGCCUUAAUAGCUUUUGGGGCCUAUUCCUUAUUGCUGGAGUCGCUUCAUUUGUAGCUCUCGUUGCAUGCAUCACCACAUUCCUUUAUGAAAAUAGAAACGCCUUAAUAAACUUGAAUCCCCCAUCUUCCUUAUGGAGAAAAAUUAAAGCCAUGGCUACACGCUUUGAUGACAAAGAUCCCAGGUCUCAUACCUUUAGAAAAAGUGAUCAACUUCCAGACAAGGGGCAUCAAAGCCAUGGAUGCAGUUACAGCCUCGCCAGCUACACCAACUUCCCUCCAAGUCCAUCAAGCCUUCUGAUCCCAACACACAGCGAUUUUGCCUUCUUUGGAGAACAAGGAACACCUUCUUCUGGACAUGGUGAUCCAGUCUGUCCAAAUCGGCCGAUGUCUCCUCACAUAUUGUUUGAAUAUGAGCUUGCUAAUUUAAAUCACGAGCAAACAAGACCGCCUGUAAUUGAAUAACUGAUCGAUUACUUCGUUUUUCUUUCCUGUGUAUUUUAUGCCGGUGGCACCAUUACCCACAACCAUGAAUUUCAAAAGAAAAAAAAUGUAGUUGUACCCCAUAGGCAUUUUAGUUAA